GAACAGGCUUCAACGAAAAUAAAACGAUCUUUCGUUCUCCACCAAAUGAUGGCGCAUCGAAUCCUGAAAAUGGAGGCUUUCUUGUGCCUCYGCAAGACGGAUAAAACAGAAUCUGCRAGAGGGAAAAGUGAAAACCAAUGCUUGAUCGGAAAUAUUGCCCUGAUUACAAGUGGAGAAUAAGGCACCGGAUGACAUUCGAGAAGCCGAGUGAUCGAGGAUGGAAGACGAUACGGAUGCGGUCCCCACCAAUCCGUACCUGGCACUGAGAGCGGCAAAAAUUGCACGGAAUCAAGCYCGGCUAAAAGAGCUCGGUCUCCACAARCCAGCUAUAUCGAAAACUGCUAAUCGCRACAGGAAGYCKGGGCAACCCUCRAAACGGAAGAAACGCCCGGACAUAAGUGGUGCAUCGGUGGCGGAACCCAGGCGUCGAUCCCGCCGAAUCUCGGGAUUGUCGAGCGUUCCCAACUAUMUCGAAACCAAAGAUUUCAAAGAACGGGGCUMUCCACAUACCAGCACGAGGCAGACCAGAAAGGAACUCCCGUUAGAUGAGACAAAUGCCGAUUCGGUGCUCUCUAURUCACCGCCGAGACCGUCGACGCCCUCUCGACAACAAACAUCACCCGCACCUGCUGCUGCCAACUCGGUUCGUACUAUUACGCUCGAUGUCUCUGUCAUGCUGCAAAAGUUUCUUGCAAAGCCAAUGGAGACCUUUGGGAAAUAUUUUGUCAUCGAGAGGAGUUUCGGUGAAGCCGCAUGUCCCGUGGAUCAAGAUAGGUUGCAGGGAGUUCUUCGCCUUUCUUUCAACAAGUUCAGUGGGGUGCAACCCUGGAAGAACGUGACCUUUCUUUGGAUCAACGUYGGAGGUCCCGCGGGAGCAAAUGCACUGGUAAAUGAAUUCACCCACAAAGGAAGCCGUGUGACCUGGUUUGGAGGYAGCAGAAUGACCGAAGACUCGCCGGUGAUUCAGAACUUGAUUCGUCUUGGAAAAGAAGCUGCGUCGACGCCGUCUUCGACGUCGUCUGGAAUACUCCUGUGGUGUAGGCAAUACGAUUAUGCAACACGAAAGCUYCGGCCGUAUACUUGUUUGGGAAGACUAGCAUACGAAAGUCACGUGCCGGGGUCGUACCCGGUUGCUUUUACGUGGAGAUUGAUUGACCACAAGUCGAUGAUGGAAAACAAAGAAACGCGCACGGUUUUUGGCGAAGUGUCUUGUUCGGACCUGUCCAACUAACUCUGAUUUGGUGCUUCGAUGAAGGAGACUCSAUGUAGAAAAAAGUGACGCYAUUUUCACUCCGAAGUAAAGAAAUUGCGCAAAU